AUGGCUGUUGCUCCUUCUUCUUCGUCGUCUCCCUCAGCUCACGUCCAAACGAACCCUAUCUCUUGCUUUGCUGUGAACCCUUCAGCAGUUUUCAUAGGUCUUGUACUUGAACAAAGUGGGGAAAGGGACAAGAUAUGUAGGGCUAUACAAUAUGGUUCAAAAUGCCUGAGUAAUGGAGAGCCUGGCGCUGCACAAAAUGUCGACAAAUCAACUAGCUUAGCAAGGAAAGUGUUUCGUCUUUUCAAGUUUAUCAAUGAUCUGCAUGGUCUUAUUAGCCCAACUGCCCCAGGAACCCCACUUCCUCUCAUCUUGUUGGGAAAGUCAAAAAAUGCAUUGCUGUCAACUUUCUUGUUUCUGGAUCAAAUUGUGUNUUGUCAACUUUCUUGUUUCUAG